UGAGUGAAGAAUGUAAACAAACAAACCCAUGUGACGGCGGCGUGUGUUCCUGGCAGGAGAGCAAUUUCCACAAUUUAUCGGGUUCAAAUCAAAGGGUUUUGGAUAGAACACUCGAACAGCUAGGUCCUGAGCACGUUGUGUAUCGGGGGCAUCUCGUUCUAUUUUAUGCCAUCAAGCUACAAAGUCGCAACAGCCGCAUCAGUUUGGAUUUUGCGUUUUAUCCGUUUUAUCGCAAAUAAGCAGAUGAGCAAUGAGCCAGCGGUGGUUACUUUCCAACAUUUCAAAGGGUGUCUUGAAAGAAGUGGAAGCUAUUGUCGACGAAGAGGACGAGCUAACAGAAAAUGCGAUGAGGGCAUUGAACUCUGUAUUCGGCGCUGUCCUCGAGCGGGCGAUCGCCAUCGUGGAGAAGCCUUAUUCCGUGUGCGAACUGCACUCGCCCUUUGGCCGCAAACUGGUCCAAGUUACUGGAACUUCCAAAGGGUUGUACACCCUGUACCCCGAAGAGAAUUACUGCCCGUGUGAAGCAUUUCAUUAUUUCGUGCUCGGCGCCAAUGCCAGCGAAUUGACUUGCAAGCACGUGUUGGCCGCUUGGCUCGCACGAAUCUUGGGCAAAGCCACACAACGGACCAUCACUGAGGAGGAAAUGACAUCGCUGCUCAUGACUCUGCUCGUCAGUGACGAUUCAAAAAGUGUUGCUCCGAACUCUGUUGAACCAACUGCCGGUGCUAAAUUGUAAAAUUGAUUAUUCCUUCCUUCCGUUACUUGAUGUAGAAAUAAUAUUGAAUUUUUUACUCAAAAAGAGGGGAUGAAUUAAGAGAAAGGGUAUGUAAAUCCGUAUUUAGGAUGCUUUCAAACAUAAAGGGUUGCAAAAAACGCGCAUUUUUUAAAAAAAAUGCAGUGCAGCGGUAAAAACGUUUUUUUUCAAUUUUUACCAGUUUCUUGCAGGCAAUGUUUUCACCUUAUUUUUCAAUAAUUUUCUAAUUAUUAGCUUAUAACCUUGACUUGCAAAAAGAGAUACAUUUUUUGGAGAAAUGGACGCAGCAAAAUGGCAAUUUUAAAAAAAAAUAUCUGCACAGUGGAGGAAAUUUUGAGCACUCCGACCGAAAUUUUAGAUUUUCACAGAAGAAAAAUGGAAUAAAUUAAUUGCUCGCAAUUCUUGCGCAAGAAAUUGGUUAAAAUUGAGUGGUAAAAACCGUUAACAACCGGUGGUGAAAAAACCGGGUGGUAAGCAAAUGUAACCCUGCAAACAUUCUACGCUUGAAUUAAUCAAUUCUUGUGUGGCUACGGAGGGAAAAGGGUGCGAGUUACUUUCCUGAAACCUUUUUGGCUCGUCAAUGGGCAUUAAUACGAGUUAAAUGGUAUGCAGAUUUUUAAUUUCUGAUCAGCAGAAGCCGAGAUCUCGCGUUCACCUAAUAUUUUGGUUUUCAAACCGAGGGGCUGAGUCCACUAUGCGCAACGAAAACGGAUCUAAUUCUCGCGUGUGCUUGCCUUGUUAUUUAAGAAUAUAAUUUGUGUUUUAUCAAUUAAUUACUUAUAUUUAUAUGCAUGAGUAAUUUAAUUAUUAAUCAAUAUUCACUGCCUGAAAUUU